GUCAACGAUUUGCUUGGAACCCUCAGAUUCAGAAGCAGAGAAUCCAUCGGAGAAGGAAGAAACAAUGGGAGCAUUCUGCAAGUUGAUCGAUUUCGUUCUCUUCUUCUUCUUCGCCGUUAUCGCUGUCUCUGCCCCGCUCAUCGACGGUCAAACUUCUCUUCCGAGCGGUAUCUACCCGGAGGCCCUCGUCGAUCUGAAGAAGUGGUACAGCACCGAGUUCGGAGAUUACCUGUUCGUCGAGAAGCCGAAUUUUCUCGUUGGACUCGUCUGGCACGAGCUCCUCUUCCUGUGGCCGCUCUCGAUCGCCAACAUCUACGCCAUUCUGGCCGGGAAAUCCUGGUUCGGUACCUCCUGCUUGUUGUUCGGAGCUUCCAUCGUGGCUUCCAUGGCUGCCACACUGGGAGAGCUUUUAGGUUCAGGCAAGGCAUCUGACAAGUUGCUGAUGAUGUAUGUGCCCUUCCUGGGCUUCGGGAUGCUGGCCAUUCUCCGUGGUCUAGUUUCUUCUUCUUCCAAAACCACUGGGGCUAGCAGCAAGAGGUCUGCGAUUUUGGCCAGGAAAAAGCGCGCCUGAGGAUUUGAUCCAUUCUCCUAUGGAUCCGUUCACAAAGAACUUCUUGCCAGAGUAAUCGGUUUUUUUCCUUUACUUGAGAUAAUUCUUCGUUUCUUCUCAUCUUUGUUGGACCCUUGUUGAGAAAUUUUUUGUUGCUGGCAAUAGAAUGCUUAUUCCUUGGUUGGAUUGAGGUUAAUGGUGGCAAAAAUGAGAAUCAGUUUGUUCACACCCAAACCAGAACCAAUGGCUAAAAACUGGCAACAAUGAGUUGCUCUGUAAUGAUUCUUUCAAGAAAAGGUGCGAGCUUUAAAAAGAAUACGACUUUACUCCCACUUCACAGCAGAAAAUGCAGAGAAACCAGAAGAAGAAAAUGACUUGAAAACCCUAAAAGGAAAAAGGAAAACACAAUCCCUGAAGAGUUCCCGACCAAGAGUCUUAAAGACAACUGUAACAGCAGACGUCCUUCAACAUGUCUUAACUACAUUCCCUGUCCACUAAAUCAGUAACUUAAGGGGAAAGUCAAUUCCCGAACCUCGUAACCCUUUGACUUUUCACUUGUGUGAAAAAGCUCCCUCUGUUUAGUUUUGAGUUCAGCGGGAAGGAAGAGAACUCAACACUAAACAAAAGAAAUCUGGUAUUCUUGUGAGGUUCGCUCUUGACUCCUCCCCUUCCGAGCAUUCCCUUUCUCACACACAAAAAAAAACUCUCUUCAAACCUGACUUUACUCUGUCUCCAUGUUCUUAUUUCCU